AUGCACCAUGAAUGCAUUCAUUCCACUCAUUCAUGGCAGAACAGCUCUGCUCAUUAUGAUUGCAUGUUUGCAGAGGCAGAUAAGGAUCUACUCAGCUUUCAGAGUCUGCACAUUGCCUGUGUACUCCUGUUCUUCAGUAUUCAGCAUGAGGAUAUACCAUACCCUUGUGCACUUGUUACAUGGUUCUCAGAAGUGGAUGACCAACCUUGCGAAGAGACUGGCAUGUGGAUUGUGAAGCCUGAUAUGGAUCCUCAGGGCAGGCAACUCAUGUUGGUGAUUCAUCUUGAUUCUAUUCUUCAUGGAGCACAUCUCAUUGGAGUUUCUGGAACUACAUUAUUGCCAGUAGAACUUAAACACACAGACAGUCUCAAUGCCUUCCAGUACUUCUAUGUAAAUAAAUAUGCAGAUCACCAUUCCCAUGAAAUAGCCUUUUAA